AAUAUAUGGAGUAUAUAGAUUUUGAGACGCUGUGUAUAUAAAUUCGAAUCCUCAGAUCUGGUGAUUUUCUAAUUCGCGUCAAUUCUCAACCAGUUUUUCAGAUUGGGUACUCGAUUUUCUUCCCAUUUUCGUAAUUCUCUGAUUAUUCUCUUUCUGGUGAAACGAAACGAAACCCCUCUUUUCGAAAUUAGGGUUUUCUGGGAUGACGACGACGAUCUAAUCGAAUCCAUAUCUAUCUUUCGUGUUUUGAGGUUGGACAUAGGAUUUUAGUGCAUAAUAUCGAAAAAAUAUCGAGCUUUUGUUUCGGUUGUUAGGGUCUAUCUUAUUCUGCGUGUUACGUUUGGAAUUUCGAUUGAAUUUCCGGAUAAUUCAGAUUUCUGGAGAAGCUGCGGUAAGCUUAAUUUAGAAUUUGGAAUCCGAAUUUCUCAUGGGAGGCUUAUAAUUACGCUCAUGGAUUUAGAAAUUUCCUAAUUUUCGUUGUGUGAAAUGAUCUUCAAUAUGAACUCUGAAUUCUAUUAUGUUGCUACGAUAUUCGUUCGUCUCAGAGAUAUGUAUGGUUUUUACUAUUGCAGAGUUGGAAGCUGGAUUUGGCUGGUUUUACGGGUUCGAGGUCGAUAUGGCGGACUUUGAUGAAUAUAUGGCCGAUGAGUACGACAUGGAUGAUCUGGAGGAUGAUAUGAAUGCAGAGUUUGACGGGAGGGACAUCGAUGCAUCUGAUUCCGAAGUUGAAGACUUCGACCAAUUGAGCAAGGCCAUUGAUACUUCUGCUGCUCAGGCUCGUAAUGGGAAAGAUAUUCAGGGUAUACCGUGGGAGAGACUUAGCGUUACUAGAAAAGAGUACAGAAAAACUAGGCUAGAACAGUAUAAAAACUAUGAAAAUAUCCCCAAUUCGGGCGAGGCAUCUGGGAAGAACUGCACGAAUACUGAGAAAGGCAGCUCGUUCUAUACGUUCAGGAGGAAUUCUAGAUCAGUUAGAUCAACGAUCCUUCAUUUUCAGUUGAGGAACUUGGUUUGGGCUACAUCAAAACAUGAUGUUUACCUUCUGUCCAACUACUCUAUCAGCCACUGGUCUUCUUUGACCGGCUGCAGGAAUGAGAUUCUGAAUGUUAAAGGUCAUGUGGCUCCGUCUGAGAAACAUCCCGAGAGUUUGCUUGAAGGGUUUACAGAGACUCAAGUUAGCACUCUUGCAGUAAAAGAAAGGCUGCUAGUUGCUGGUGGGUUUCAGGGAGAGCUCAUUUGCAAGCAUCUUGAUAGACCUGGUGUGAGCUUCUGCUCACGCACAACUUACACGGAAAACGCUAUAACCAAUGCCGUAGAUAUAUACAGAAACUCGAGCGGCGCACUUCAUUUCAUGGCCUCAAAUAAUGAUUGUGGAGUCAGAGACUUUGACAUGGAGAGAUAUCAGCUUGUCCAACUAUUCCGUUAUCUCUGGCCCGUCAAUCAUAGCUCCCUUAGUCCUGAUGGAAAACUAGUAGCAGUGGUUGGAGAUGACCCAGAUGGUUUAUUGGUAGACUCAAGCAACGGACAGACGGUCGGGACGCUAAAAGGCCACUUAGAUUAUUCGUUUGCAUCGGCUUGGCAUCCAAACGGUGUAACAUUUGCCACAGGAAACCAAGACAAGACCUGUCGUAUUUGGGACACGAGGAAUCUCUCGGAAUCAGUCGCUGUACUAAAAGGCAACCUUGGAGCGGUCCGGUCCAUUAGGUUCACAUCGGACGGACGGUACAUUGCGAUGGCCGAGCCAGCAGAUUUUGUCCAUAUCUAUGAUACAAAAACAGGUUACAAAAAGGAGCAAGAGAUUGAUUUCUUUGGAGAGAUUUCUGGGAUUUCGUUUAGCCCAGAUACUGAAUCUCUCUUCAUCGGUGUUUGGGACCGGACUUAUGGAAGUCUCUUGGAGUAUGGUCGAACCAGAGACUACUCUUAUCUCGAUUCAUUACUUUGAUAGAAAUAAAGUUAAGAAAAAAACAUAUAAAAUAAUAUUGCUAUACGCCACCUUGAUCUUGGUUAUUAGGUUCAUAAUCAUACGGACAAAAAAAAGAAAGAGAGACCACGGUUCGAUUCAGAAACUGUACCUUUGUGUAAUUUGCUUUGUUGUGCUUUUAAAAAUGUACAUUUUCCACAGACUUGCGAAUUGCCUUGGGAUCAUAAGUCGGAACUCAAUCCCUUCGAAAGUCUUUUAGAUUUGGUUCGAAGAUUUUAU